AUGCCGAAGGCUCUGCGUGGAAAGAUUGAGACAUGCGCAAAGAAAUAUGCAAAGCUUGAGGAGGAACAGAGCCGUGAUGGCAUUUCCCCCUUUUUUUUGCCUUGCCAAUUGCGUUGCAGCAUCGAGACUCGUGUCGGCAGGACACUCUUCACACUUUGGUGCAGAAUGAUGGAAUCUUAUCGGUUGGAUGCAACUGCUGCAUAUCCCAGUGAUACAGAGAGCAGGAUGUCAUUUAUUGUGGCUGAUAAACAUACACCCGCAGCGAAGGAAAACACAACAUUGUUUGAUUUAUUCAGCGAUGAAAGUGAACAAUUUCAGGGCGUCUUUGGAUCAUCCCAUAUGUCCAUAGAGGCCAUGAUCUUUUAUCUCCAUUACGUCUUUGCGGAUGUGGAUGCGGCCGCGUGGGUCAUUGCCUUUUGUAUCAUCGAUAAACUACAACUUCGGCACUCCAUUGAGAAAUACAUGGAGCGACUUUGUAAUUCAUCCAGAGGUAUUUUUUUUUGGCUUCAUCUUGGCAACUGCUGGAGAAUUCUUUUUGUCGCCUUUUCCCUGGCACUCAAGUGGCAUGUUGAUUACAAAAUUACCCUCAAGUAUAUGUUGGAUGUAUUGCCGUCCAGCUCACACGAUUCAUUUUCCCUGCAUGGGAUCUGCGCCCAGACGGAGUGGCGUAUGUUCCACGCCUUGGACUACGAUGUCUCCGUUCGACCAGAUCAGUUGCUACAGCUCCUUGAGGAAUUUCUUACCCUUGAUGAACGGGAGUGCAUCAUUUCUUCCAUCACCCAUGAAACGGCAUUGGGCCGUUUAUGA